GUAGAAAGAGAGUUUCCCCCUCUCCAAUUGGUUAGAAACGUGCACGUGCAAGUCGAAAUCAUGCGCUGUUGUUAUCCGGCGACACUGCAGUAUGGUUUCGUAUUGCAUUCAACGAACUAUUACUAUUGUCUAAAAUAUUAUAUUUUGCGUCUUUAUAACGAAACUCACAUAGAUCCACAAAACUUCCAUUUCCAUUGAGCAUAUUCUGUCAUCUUCUGACUCGUGUUGACCUUGUUUGUUUUAGCGCAAACAUGCGUCAAUUUAUGUACGUGUUUCUUUACUCAUUUGCGCAUGUAUUGUCGGAAUCGGAUUUUUCCAAAUUUGACGGUGCACCGCCUUCAAAAAUAGCUGUUGUCGGGGCUGGGAUCGGAGGAACCGCUACAGCCCAUUUCCUGAGGCAACAUUUUGGACCGGAAGUGAGAAUCGAUGUUUUUGAAAAGAACUCAGUUGGUGGUCGUCUGGCAACUGUCUCUGUUAACAACCAGGAGUAUGAGUCCGGCGGGUCCAUCAUUCAUUCCCUCAAUUUGCACAUGCAGGACUUUGUCCAGCAACUGGGGCUGAAGUACCGUAAGAGUGUAGCUGGCAAAACGGCAGUGUUCAAUGGAGAGGAGUUUAUUCUGGAGGAAACCGACUGGUACCUGCUGGAUUUGUCUCGCUUAUGGUGGCGUUAUGGGAUCAGCUUCAUCCGUCUGCAGAUGUGGGUGGAGGAGAUCAUGGAGAAGUUCAUGAGGAUAUAUAAAUACCAGGCCCAUGGCUAUGCCUUCAGUUCAGUAGAAGAGCUGCUGCACUCUCUGGGGGGUUCGGGAUUUAUCAACAUGACCCGACGCUCUCUUUCCGAGUCUCUGUUGGAAUUGGGAGUCUCCCAGCGCUUCAUUGAUGAGAUCAUAUCCCCAAUUAUUAGGGUCAACUAUGGACAGAACAUCAGCAUCCCAGCAUUUGUGGGUGCUGUGUCUCUGGCUGGUGUACAGGCUAAUCUGUGGGCUGUAGAGGGAGGAAACAAGCUGGUUUGCUCGAGGCUGCUAAAGCUAGCAAAGGCUAACCUCAUUCAGAGUCAGGUUACAAGUAUUGAACUCCGAUGGAUGGGAGAUUACCCCCAAUAUGAGAUCACCUACAGCUCUCAAGAUAAACGAACAUCUGAAGUGUAUGACAUCAUAGUAGUAGCAACACCUCUCCAGCAAAAUGUCGAGACUGGAAUCUCCUUUCAGGGCUUUGAGCCCGAUCUCCCAGAAAUGCCAGGCUCCUAUCACCAGACUGUGGCCUCCAUCAUUCACGGAUACCUAAAUUGCACUUACUUUGGCUACCCUGACCCUAAACUGUUCCCGUUUUCUAGCAUACUUACCACAGAUGCUUCUGAACUGUUCUUCAACAGUGCCUCCAGCCUGUGUCCAGUCAAUAUAACCUCCGGCUUCCGCCGCAAGCAGCCCCAGGAGGCCGGCGUUUACAAGGUCUUUUCUCCUAAGCCACUGGAGAAGAAUGAGCUGAAGACUCUUUUUAAGUCGUAUUAUUCAGUGCAGGUUAAAGAUUGGCUGGUGUACCCUCAAUAUGGAAGCACCCAAGGGUUGCCGCCAGUGGUUCUGCAUGAUGGCAUGUACUAUCUUAAUGGCAUUGAAUGGGCUGCGAGUGCCAUGGAGAUGAGCUCUGUGGCAGCUAAGAACAUAGCGCUCUUGGCUUAUCAUCGCUGGAACAGACAAUUCGAAAUGAUUGACCAGAAAGACCUUAUGCACAAGGUCAAGACAGAACUCUGAGCUUUUCCUUAAUGUCAUGAGGACAGCGAGGUCAAAUAUAGACAAAGUUUGACACAGCAUGUUUUCUAUCCAUCCACAGUUUGACACCUCACGAAUACUGGGUACUUAUUGUUAACAUUAAUUUGUGUUUUAAUUGUCUUUCAGUUCAAUUGCUCAAGGAGGGCAGAUGUAAGAUCCUAAAAUGUGAUCCUAGGAUGUGGUGGGGGAUGUGCUUUCCAUGGCUGUCUCUGUUCAUGGAGAAGUUAUAUGGUAAAGUGAGAAAUGUGAAAGUAAUUCUCCAUUUGUUUUUCCUCGUGAACAGUUUUCAUAAUAUGGGUCUUAUGAUUUACAAUUUCAAUAAGUUUCUGAUUUGUUAGGUUUUUACAGGUACAGUAUGUGCACGAUGAUUUCACUGGAAAUGUCUGAACACUGAACAGUUAAUGUGUAAAAGUACACCCUUUAUAAUGAUUUCUCACUUCAAUAAAUAUUAGUUUAUGGUCA